UCGCCACCCCCAGUGCCUGUCGUCACCACCAAUGUGGUAUCGGUAACAUCUUUUUCCAGCGGCGAUACCACCCCGAGUACCUCAGUUGCGCCUGUUUCAUCCACUCCCGUUACUCGCUCAAGAAUUGUUGCAUCUGCUCCAAAUGGUCUUCCUCCUCCCUCAAAUAGCACUCAAAAGCAGCAGCAGCAGCAGCAGCAGACCACAUUGCUCUCGUCGAACAGACCACAUUCUUCAACACAAUUCGCCAACGCCGCAUUGCCACCCAUACCACCACAAAAGUCGUCUCACGUAGUGUCAUUCAAUGCAGAGGCAAGCACAUGUUCACAAUCAACAGCAUCGGCAUUGACCUCGGAGGAUACAAGCGUCAUAAGUCCCUUACGGCAGCUACGUUCCCAGGCCGGAUCGGCCGGAUCGGUGGCUCAUAGUUUCCAUACUCGUCCCACCCAACCAGCAGUUCCCCCUCCUCCGGUGGUUGAUCAGCAAAGCAAUGGUCGUUUACCACCGCCAGUACCACCAAAACCCAAAAAUAAAAUGAAUCAGAGUGCUCCUCGAACGGAACAAUUACGCGCUCGUUCAAAAGACGAAAUUGUUUCGUCUGCUGCGAAAUCACCAUUGUUCUCGCGUAUUCUACCGAAUGAAGAAGUGAUAAAGUUUUAA